UAUAAAUACCGGUGUAAGGCGAUAUAAUGUAUUCGGGGUCAUUUAAAAAAAAUCCUUAUUUUACUUAAUGCCAUUGGGGUUUCAACGCUAUUUUCAUUGUAAAGAUUGGUAGUUUCGCAACUUCGGCCAAAAAAUGGAAGAAUACGCACGUGAACCUUGUCCAUGGAGGAUAGUAGAUGACUGUGGUGGUGCUUUUUCCAUGGGUGUCAUUGGCGGUGGAGUUGUACAUUCAUUCUUAGGAGCACGAAAUGCACCAGCAGGUUUCAGGUACAGGUUGGUAGGAAGUUUUAUGGCAAUAAAACACAAAGCACCCAUUGUUGGAGGUAAGUUUUUGGGAUAUUGUUUUGGUGGAGCAGUAGCCAUGACAGGUUCAGCAAUCAUUGGUGGAGUCCUAUUGGCUAUGAUUGAAGGAAUUGGAAUUUUAAUGACACGAUUCUCUGCCGAACAGUUUAGACCAACUAAUCCACAGAUGGAAGACCCUUCACUUGCCAAUCAACAAACACCAUUAUCCCAAUUUCAAUAACAAAUCAUCGUAGCUACCAAAUCGCAUAUAAAUUAUAUCAGGGAGAAUUUAUAAUUUGAACCUUCUACAAG